GUGUGAUAACCGGAGCCCGGCCCGUGUGAUCAUCGGAGUACCGGGGAUAGUACCGAGUUUGGUUACGGAGAGAGGACAGUCGAUUCCCCGCCGAUUCUGGCUGCAGAAGCCCCGGACUGAUAGGUCGGACAUGCCGAGGGCGACUGGAUAUGGAAUACAAUGACAAACUGGCCCGCUUCCGACAGGGUCAUCUCAACCCGUUCAAUAAACCCAGUGAAGAGGAGAGCUCCCGAGACGAGGGCGAGCGGCUGAACCACAGGGACUCGCCUCCAGUUUUUCCACAUUGUGAAAAAGACUUCUGCCCUCCAGACCGUGUAAUGGACCUGGGGGUAUCUGAAGAUCAUUUCUCCCGGCCUGAGGGCCUAGUCCUGGCAUCCGACAUCCAGCAGCUGCGGCAAGCCAUUGAGGAGUGUAAGCAGCUGAUUCUGGAGCUGCCCGAGCACUCGGAAAAGCAGAAGGACGCCGUGGUCAGGCUUAUUCAUUUGCGACUCAAGCUGCAGGAACUGAAAGACCCGCACGAAGACGAGCCCAAUCUGCGCAUAUUACUGGAGCACCGAUUCUACAAAGAAAAGAGCAAAAGCGUCAAGCAAGUGUGUGAUAAAUGCAGUGCGUACAUCUGGGGUGUGAUCCAUACCUGGUACACGUGCACAGGCUGCUACUACCGCUGCCACAGCAAAUGUCUGAAUCUGAUCACGAAGCCCUGCGUAAGGUCUAAGGUCAGCCACCAGUCUGAGUACGAGCUGUCCAUCUGCCCCGAGGCUGGGCUAGACAGCCAGGAUUACCGCUGUGCGGAGUGUCGAGCACCUAUAUCUUUGCGAGCGGUCCCGAGCGAGGCGCGCCAGUGCGAUUACACCGGCCAGUAUUACUGCAGCAACUGCCACUGGAACGAUCUUGCGGUCAUCCCUGCCCGCGUCAUUCACAACUGGGAAUUUGAGCCACGCAGGGUGUCCCGGUGCAGUAUGCGGUAUCUCGCGCUGAUGCUGAGCAGGCCUGUCCUGAAGCUGCGAGAAAUUAACCCUCUUCUCUUUAACUAUGUGGAGGAGCUGGUGGAGAUCAGGAAACUACGUCAAGAUAUCCUACUGAUGAAGCCUUACUUUAUCACGUGCAAGGAAGCUAUGGAGGCACGUCUACUCUUACAGCUUCAGGAUCGUCAGCACUUCGUGGAGAACGAUGACAUGUACUCUCUACAGGAUCUCCUGGACGUGCACAGCGGCCGGUUGGGCUGCUCCCUCACAGAGAUACACACCACGUUUGCAAAGCACAUUAAGCUGGACUGUGAGCGUUGUCAGGCUAAAGGUUUUGUUUGUGAGCUGUGCAAAGAAGGAGAUGUUCUUUUUCCGUUUGACAGCCACACGUCUGUUUGCCAGGACUGCGCCGCCGUGUUCCAUAGGGAUUGCUAUUAUGAUAAUUCCACCAGCUGUCCUCGGUGCACAAGGCUUAACCUCCGGAAGCAGACGCAGGAGCCUGGAGAGGAGACGUGGCAGUAAUGACCUCCGGGGGUUCAGGGACAACUGUGUUUGAUGCAACGUAGGCACUGAAGUAUUGGAGGGGAAUGUAGACCUUAUAGUCAUUGCUACAUAGAAGCCGGACUUCACGAUGUGCACCUGAAGAAGGAGCCUUUGUAAAAAUAAUGUAAAUGCAUCUAAACACACUACUGAAUGUGCUCUAUUUCAGUAACAGAGUGUAUUCCGUUAUGUGACCAAUAAUACAUUCCAGACUGACGCACAAUGGCUGCUUCCCAUGCUCUACAAGUCGGAUUUUUGCACUGUAUUAGGGAGACCUGUGAGGCUUUCUUCAGCCGUACCGGAGGGUUAAUAACAGCGGAUGCAUAUUACUAGGAUACCUAUCUCUCGAUAUGCUUUAUAGCCAGUAUCUUCAUAGAUAUAGACUUUUUCAGCUCAUGUGUGCAAGAUAUCUCAAGGGUUUCUACAUGUGGGUUCCUUGUUUUUCUAGCCCGUGAAAACUUACUUUUUCACCCCCUAUGAUUUACACUAAAAUGUUUAUUUAUGAAGUGAGUUAUUAUGAUGCACAACUGUACCCAUAAAUGCUGAGUUUUAUCCAAACACGUGAACAUUUUCUUUUUGUGAAAAUGCAGUUUUAGAAAAUUAUUAGGGAAACUCCAAAAA